AUGUCCAGUGUGGGUCGCCCCAGCAGCGCUACUUCCUUCCGCUCCACCGUGAGUGAGGACGAGCGCCAGGAUCCUGAUACUGCGGUUAAGAUGUCUAGAGAGAUGGCUAGAAAGCGUCCUACACUGAAUAAUGAUACUACCCCGAUUGCUGCUGCUUCAGGCAGCCAGAUCGACGAUAACCUUAACAAAGGUAAGGCCCCUUUUCGCCCCGUCUUUAGUCACAAAGAAGCGAACGAAAGGGACCCCUUCGGCGCUACUCGCCUCCUAUUUAGUACUGGCCAAUCGUCCGCAACGAUCUCCGCGCCUCCUCCUCCUCCCUCUGCUCAGGACUUCGAGUUAUUAAAGAUGCGAAUUCAAGUCCUGAAGGCAGAGACAAAGACCUACGAAGCCUUACUUAAGUCUGCUGAAAGCGAGGCAAAGCUACAUGGUACUAGAGCAGAACGCUAUAAGAAGAUCGUUCAGCACCUCAACAACCAAAACGUGGCACUGCAAAAGGAAAUGAAGCAUUUCCAGACCUCUACUCGUCCGGAGCCAGGCCCGGGCCGCUUCGAUGAGACCUUGUCCGCUAAUAUCGAUAUCGACGAACCUGUCGAGAACGUCGAAAACGUCAGAAUUCAUACUUACACCCGUGCCGAGCGUCAAGGCACUGCAGACACCGUAUGGACUACCGCCGAGACCGCAAACUGGCACCCCCGUGAUGAGAAGCCCCGCGAGCCACUUGGCCCCGGGAAUGUUGACAACUACCAUACUUGGCGCUUCGCUAUGGACCAAAAGCUUCGUACCGACUACCCACUGUACCCGGAUGAAGUCAGUAAGAUUGCAUAUGCCCAACGCCAGAUGACCGGGACCCUUUUCACCACUAUGAACAGCUACGCUACUUGCAACCCCGGUAUGACGUACGACGAAUUCAUGAAGGAACUUGAGAACUACUUGGGUAUCCAUUUACUCGAAGACGACGCACGUAGGAAGCUCGUUCAUAUUAAGCAAGACCGUAAGGAAUCCGUGACCGACUACUACCAACAUCUUAUCCCUCUCUGGACCCGCGCCGGCACUGCGAAUGUCGACCGCGUGCUGAAGCUCCGUCAUACCGUGUUGCCGCAUAUUAGCACGCAGUUAGACACCCAGCGGUUUAGCUCGGUCAUGGAACUACUCGACGCUGUCCGGCAGGUAGAGUGCAAUUGUAAAGAAAUGGACUUCCACUUUCCUUGCGGCCCCCGCUCCCAGAAUACCGCUGCCGCGCCAGCCAGCACUGCACCCAGGCGGACUGCAGUCACUACUAGUUCCGAGACUACUGCGCCGGCACGCCCGAACACUACUACCGCUCCGAGCUCCCGUGGCUGCCGGUUCACACCUUCCUCUACUAAGUCUGCUGAAUGA